CGGGAGGGGGAGAAUGUGACAAGUGCCGGCUCGGGCGGCCGCCGCGGGGAGGCCGCGCGCACCUGUCCCUGCCCGUCUCGCCGUCCGCGGCCGCUCGGACGCGCGCACCGCCGCCGCCCCCCGCCCGCCCUCCGAGCGCCGCGUGCGCCGCCAACAUGACUUCUGCCUUCAAGCUGGAUUUCCUCCCGGACAUGAUGGUCGAGGGACGCCUGCUAGUUCCGGACCGAAUUAACGGCACAGCCAACAAGAUGAACGGCGCUUUGGAUCACUCCGACCAACCAGACCCAGAUGCCAUUAAGAUGUUUGUCGGGCAGAUCCCCAGGUCUUGGUCGGAAAAGGAGCUGAAAGAACUUUUUGAGCCUUACGGAGCUGUCUACCAGAUCAACGUCCUCCGGGACCGGAGUCAGAACCCUCCCCAGAGUAAAGGUUGUUGUUUCGUAACGUUUUAUACAAGAAAAGCUGCACUUGAGGCCCAGAAUGCACUGCACAAUAUUAAAACUUUACCUGGGAUGCAUCAUCCCAUUCAGAUGAAACCUGCGGAUAGUGAGAAGUCAAACGCUGUGGAAGACAGAAAAUUGUUCAUAGGAAUGGUUUCGAAGAAAUGUAACGAGAAUGAUAUCAGGGUGAUGUUCUCUCCGUUUGGCCAGAUAGAAGAGUGCCGUAUCCUCCGGGGGCCCGACGGGCUGAGUCGAGGCUGUGCGUUUGUCACAUUUUCUACAAGGGCAAUGGCACAGAAUGCAAUCAAAGCCAUGCAUCAGUCUCAGACCAUGGAGGGCUGCUCUUCACCUAUCGUGGUGAAGUUCGCUGACACUCAGAAGGACAAAGAGCAAAGACGCCUCCAACAGCAGCUGGCGCAGCAGAUGCAACAGCUCAACACUGCCACCUGGGGGAACCUGACGGGUCUGGGCGGACUCACCCCACAGUACCUGGCGCUCCUGCAGCAGGCCACCUCCUCCAGCAACCUGGGCGCCUUCAGCGGCAUUCAGCAGAUGGCGGGCAUGAACGCUUUACAGUUACAGAAUCUGGCCACGCUGGCGGCCGCUGCAGCCGCAGCCCAGACCUCAGCCACCACCACCAACGCAAACCCUCUGUCCACCACGAGCAGCGCCCUGGGCGCCCUCACCAGCCCCGUGGCUGCUUCAACUCCCAACUCCACUGCUGGUGCGGCCAUGAACUCUUUGACCUCUCUCGGGACUCUGCAAGGACUGGCGGGAGCCACAGUUGGACUGAAUAAUAUUAAUGCACUCGCAGGUACCAUAAACAGUAUGGCGGCUCUGAAUGGAGGACUUGGCGCCACGGGCUUGACGAAUGGCACAGCGGGCACCAUGGACGCCCUCACCCAGGCCUACUCAGGGAUUCAGCAGUACGCAGCCGCGGCACUGCCCACUCUGUACAGCCAGAGCUUGCUGCAGCAGCAGAGCGCAGCGGGCAGCCAGAAGGAAGGUCCAGAGGGUGCAAACCUCUUUAUUUACCACCUUCCACAGGAGUUUGGAGACCAGGACAUUCUGCAGAUGUUCAUGCCUUUUGGAAAUGUUAUCUCUGCUAAAGUCUUCAUUGACAAACAGACCAAUCUGAGCAAGUGCUUUGGUUUUGUUAGCUACGACAAUCCAGUGUCUGCGCAAGCUGCUAUCCAGGCUAUGAAUGGCUUUCAGAUUGGCAUGAAACGCUUGAAGGUCCAGCUGAAGCGCUCCAAAAACGACAGCAAACCUUACUGAUCCUAACCCCAGAGGCUCCCUGCUCUUACUUUAGCUUUCUUAGGACAUCUUCAUGCCUGUUAGUUCACCGUUUGCCUAGCAUGUCCCUGUGGCGUCUCAAAAAAAAAGUUUCAUCGUCCCGUCAUUGUUUCUGAUGUCUUUCUGACCUCACAUCAUAUUUGGUUCUCCUACUGACCUUUGAUCUAGUUUGACCUUUGAAAUUUGCAUGUGACCUCAUCUAGCUAUGAAUUCUGGGAAGUCAAUGUGAAAAACAUUGCUGCAUUCAUGCAAGACUGAAAUUUAUUAUUAGAAAAAAUAAUUAUAGGAAAAAACCUGUGGCAAAAUGUUUUUCUUAUUUUUUUUUUUCUUUUCAUAAAACAGACUUGAAAGUAUUAUACAGGGAUUGGCAUUCUUCCCGGUCACUGGUAACAAUAGCAAUAUGUGUCCAGGGACACAGAAUGUUGGUUUCUAACAGACUACUUCCAAAAACAGUUUGAGAAAAAAAACUGUCUGAUUUUAAGUCUCUAGAGGUCUGUAAUAGUUUUUACAUUUUUCAGGCAGUGUAAAGUUUUUUGAUAAGGCCAUUUUAGGUGGCUCACUUUCUCAUUAAGAUAUAUAUAUAGAACCACUUUUUGUAGAUUAGUAUAAGAAAAAUAUUUACCCUGUUUUGGGGCAAAUGCUACCUAUUUGUGUCACCUUUUGCUGAACUGACUCACAGUUAGACAAUCCAUGGUUUAAUGCACAUGAAAUUACCUAUAUUUUAUACUGUUUCAAUGUACAGGAGAAAGGUUACUGUAAACUGUGUUGCGUUGGUGCUUCUGUGAAUUAAGUUGUGGUUUCAUCAUGAGUCUUAUGGUCUUAAUGUUCUUUGUUGAUAAGACAAGUUUAGAAUUGAUUUACUUAAAAAAGAAUUUCAAAAAAAAGUUGUUUGCUUAAAAAAAAAAAAAUUCAUGUGAGGGGGGGGGAAAAAAACUAUUCCAGAAUAAGUUUGUGUUGGCUUGUAAAGCAUUGAUGUCAUUUUUUUUAUUAUUGUGGACUAUUUAGAUGUGUUUGUGUUCAGCAAAAUGUGAUUUUUUUUUUCUUUUAAAGAAAAAAAGUGAAAAUAUAUAGUGCCAAAUUCCAAAGGUACUUCCUUCCUAGAGCUUCAGUGUGUUUCUUGUGAGAAGUAAUUUGAUAACAUGGGUAUUUUAUUAUGUGUUUUGUAUAAAUCCCUAAUAUUUAAAAAACAAAAAACAGAAAAAAAAGAGGUUAAAAAGUUUGUUAACUUGCUAUCCUGUGGUCUUGUUGCCUGAAAUUGUUAAUGUUUGUUAUUUCUCUAUGAUGUUUUUUGUAAGACAUUGUAUAAGUGCCCAUGUCUCACUUUUUUAACCACUCUGCACAUCAAUGCUGUGAUGGCAACCUCACAAUGUAUUUUCUUCAUAAUAUAUGGAAACCUCUAAGGUGAGAAAGUUUUGAACUUUUAACCCUUUCUACCCAGAGCUAUCUGGAAUGUUGAUAACUUUUAUACUGUCAUUUAGUUUGUUUGGGGGUGAUUCUAAUUUGGAUUUUUUUCCCCUUCAUAUACCUUCUCUGAGUUGUUUUUGUCUUGACUACUUUUUUAUCCUUUGGUUGAGAUCCAAAAGAAAAAAACUCCAUAAGGCAAAUCUGCAGGAAAAAUAUAUAUGUAUUUUUAACCCACUCUCCUUUUUUCCCCUUCACCAUUUUUUUUUUUUUUUUACUUCUUAUUAUUUCUGGUCAUUUAAAAAAAAAAAAAGAAUUCUUAUGUGCUGCUAGAAUUCCUUCUGCUUAAAAACAAUUUAUUAAGUAAACCUGAGAGGGAUGGUGGGUAGAUUCAGCACCUAACUAAACCUUCAGUUCUGUAUGCUAUUGAGAUCAGAUGUAGUGGUACGUUCCAGUUAAGAAUAUUUUCAUAUACCUUCCAGAUAAAUGACAUGGUAAUGGGGUAGUUUUUUGAGGUAUUUUUGCUUUUGUUUCCUAAAUAUUCCUAAUUAAUAUUUCUAAUCAGCCAUUGUGCUGGGGAUUUCUCUGACUCUGUGGAUACCUCUGAAUAAGCAAGGUGUCUGGAGUUAGUUGAGAGUCCUUUCCCCUUCAUACAUGUCUAAUUUUUUAAUUGAAUGAAUGUACUGACUAUUUAAGUAAAACUCAGUUCUUUAUCCCAGAUACCUAGCAUCAGUUCCUGCUGCCACUUUUUAAAGUGCCAUAUUACUUUGACUUUUACUUCACGUAAACAGAUCUCCUUGCUGUCCUGACAAAUCCCAGUGUCCUCCCAGCAGCCCCAAUACAAACUCCUGCUUUCCUGAAAGCGGGCCCUGGAAGCUUCUUUGUCUCUAAUGGAGUUCAGAAACUGCUGGCUCCCUGUCCUUCCUCCUUUGCCCACUCACCACCCCACUUGGUUUAAUCUGUGUGUGGAUGUGAUAGCCCGGGGAUGGAAAGGACUAGCCUCUAAUGAUGCAAAAAAAAAAAAAGUUUUCUUCUUACGGCACGUGCACUUAUAAUGACAUGAUUUGUAUUAUCCUCACACGUGUUUACUACUGCUGGGGCCUUCCUUCAUCCUUUGAGGGCUAUUUUGUACUUCCUGCAGCAAUCAGCUGAAACAAGAGUUAUCACGCACGCCUCUCUCACGUAUAAUAUAUGGUGGUGUGCAGAUACAUGCAUAGGAACACAAGAGAACACCAUCUGAACUUCUUAGAUUCGUUCUGAAUCUCUUCAUUUACCAAUCUCUACAGAGAUCUCAGAACAGUGUUUUCCCAUUUCUUCACUGAAGCCAACUGCCCUCCCCCUGCCCGCCUCUCCCUUCACCCACCUGCACCUCCCCCAGAGGAACUGAGUGCAGUUGACAAGAGGCUCAGGGUGGGCACUUUAAGUUGAGUGUUUCUUAUUUUGCAGGCAACCAAGACACACGGAGUGGGAAAGUCUAUUCUUCCUGGGUUAUUGGGGGUAUUUUUGGCAUGUUUCAUUGUUAAGAAGAUAACCCUCCUCAGAGACAAGUUGUUAUUUUAGUCACUUUAUCUUUUAAUAACAAAAGGAAGAAGCUGCAAGGGUGCAAGGGCCUGUGCCAGAAGGAAAACACACAGCGAAACUGCUUUUUUAAAAAUCAAGUGUAGAGAAUAGUCAUUUUUAAACGAAAUUAGACAAUUGUGAUCAAAUGGCAGUCCUUAAGGCGGAACAAGUUCAUCUUUCUUUCACCAUAGGGGUUCUAGUUCUUUGGCUUGUGCUACUCUGGACUCAUUUUACUGUUGUUUUUAUUAUUAUCUUAAGUGCUAAUUAACAAGAAGAAAUAAAAUUUUAAAAAAAACCUGUAGUUUCAUUACCUUUUUGAAUAAUGUCAUACAAAAAAUGUAUUUGUGUUUUUUUGUGCUGUGAGAAUUGUUUGUAGAUUAAUAUUUUGUUUAGAAUUACAAAAUAGUUUUUAAAUAUUGUCUGAGAAAAGCCAAAGUUAAUGCAACCUAGUGGAAACUGUAAGACCAUUGAGUAUUGUUUGUUUUAUUGAUGCAUUUGGAUUUUGUUGUUUGAUGGAAUUUGAGCCAAAAAAAAAAAAAAAAAUGCAGGCUUUCCUAUUUCUACAAUUGAUUGUACUUAUUAUGCAUUUUGUACCAGUGGAACUUUUUAUACUGGAGAUUAAAAAAAUGGAAAAUUUUGUGGCUUACUCUAGUGGGCCCCUGACAAUGACUGAUUUCAAGUUUGAUUUCUGGUUGAUAGAAAGAAAGUUGGUUUUAUUUUGAGAAUUAAAAACUUUGGCUUGAUUUCUUUUUUCCCUUUGCUUAUAUCUAGAAUUAGAAUUUUGUCUUAAAAUACAGCGGUAAGUUUCACUUUUUAUUCUGUAUUGUGCAGUUACACAAUAAGGUAAUUAGAUUUAGAAGUACUCAGUCACUUUAAGUGGAUAAAUGUAUUAGUUAAAACUUUAGGGGUUUGCUUUUUGCUGUUUAGAUCAAAGUUUUUUCUGAUUCUUCUGUCCUCAUUGUGAACAUAACCGUGUAGUUGAAACAAACUUAUUUUUGUAACGUAUGUUAUUGUGUGAUGCAGUUUUUUGCUUCUGUCUCCAAUAUUAAACCAUUUUCCUAAUA